AUGGUAACUGUAAGGUCAGUUAUUGCAGUAGUAGCAUCAAAAGGGUGGAACAUAUAUCAAAUGGAUGUGUACAAUGCAUUUUUGCAGGGGGACUUAUAUGAAGAAGUGUAUAUGGAUAUGCCUCAAGGUUUUCAAGCAAAUCUAGGAAAGAGUUUCAUUUAUUUUGGAGGUGUAACACAGAAUGAUCAGGAUCUGAUGCUGAUGAAAUUGGGAUUCACAAAAGGAGUACUACUAUUCAAGUAUUUGGGAGUUCCUUUAUCUACUAAGAAGCUGACAAUAAUGCAGUGGCAACCCCUCAUUGAGAAGAUAGUGGCAAGAAUUACAUCACGGAUAACAAAAAAAUUGUCCUAUGCAGGAAGAGGUCAACUGAUAAGCAGUGUGUUAUUUGGUGUACAAUCCUACUGGGCUCAAUUAUUUAUACUACCAGCAAAGGUGAUGAAAGCAGUGGAAGAUUUCUGUAGGAGCUACUUAUGGACAGGCAACAAUGUCAUAACAAGGAAAUCAUUGAUCAAUUGGGACAGACAAAAACGACAAGAUGUAAAUAAAGUGGAUACAUACAUACUACAUAAAAGGGCAGCAGCUGGAGUACUUAACAAUGCCAAAACAAGCAAGCUGGAUGGUGAGGAAAAUUAUAGAGACAAAGAACAUUGUAGAACAGGAAAGUAUAAAUUUCUAUACAAACAAAAGUGUCAUCAAACAAAUAUAUCUUCACUUGCUGGGGAUCAACCUAGAAUACCAUGGAAAUGUUUGAUGUUUGGAAAUGCUGAAAGGCCAAAAACAAGAUUCACACUCUGGUUACAAAUGCUGAACAGACUUCUAACAGCAGAUAGAUUGAAUAAAUGGGGCAUGGAGAUUGAAUCAAGUGCAGUUUAUGUCAGAAAGCAGAAGAGACCAGGGAUCAUCUAUUUGUGGACUGUGAGUACAUGUAGGCAGUGA